AUGGCGCCGAGCUUCGACCAUCUGCCAGAUCCCGAGGAGGAGGAUUACGAUGAGGAGGAGGAGCUCGACUUUUCAGAUCUGCGAGAGAAAUUCGAGGUUCAGCUGGAGUCGGGACUGGACGCUUUCGUCGUUGUCGAUGGAUUGCCCGAGGUCACGGAGGAAACAAAGCCCAAGCUGAUCAAGUUCUUGCGACGGAAGCUUGAGCCCGUGGGAAAGGUCAAGGAGGAGUCGAUUCACAUGCCACUCUCAGGUGGGAAAUCAGAGAGGUUUGCGUUCGUUGAAUAUUCUACCCCCGCGGAGGCCCUCGCGGCAUGCAAACAACUUGAUGGCGUUCCCUUGGACAAGAAGCACGUCUUGAGGGUGAACAAGUUGACGGACAUUGAGCGAUUUGGCCGAGAAGGCCGCAUCGACGAGAACUACACGCCCCCCAAGAUCGAACCGUUCCAAGAAAAGGAGCACUUGCGAUCCUGGUUGGCAGAUCCGAGUGGCCGCGGACGGGACCAGUUCGUUAUGUACAAGGAUGACCGGGUCCAGGUCUUGUGGAAUAACGAGAAGGAUGCGCCCGAGAGCAUUGUCGACCGUCAACACUGGACUGAAUCAUUUGUGCAAUGGUCUCCCUUGGGCACAUAUCUCACGUCCAUGCAUCAACAGGGUGUUCAGCUCUGGGGCGGCGCAUCUUGGACCAGAUACAAGCGAUUUCCCCAUCCGUUCGUCAACCUGGUCGACUUCUCGCCCGGAGAGAAGUACAUUACAACAUGGUCGAAUCGGCCAAUCGUCAUUGGUGAGGAAGGCCAUCCAGCGCUGUCGGUCGAUGAUGAUGGAAAGAACUAUGUCAUCUGGGAUAUCGAGACUGGCAAGCCACUCCGUUCGUUCGCAAAUCUGGAUCUUCCCAGUAACUCUGUCGACGAAGCUGGCCAACCAGUGAAGCGCAAGGUCGUCUGGCCAGCAUUCAAGUGGUCUGCCGAUGACAAGUACGUUGCACGUCUGACUCAAGGUACAUCUAUCUCCGUUUACGAAUUGCCUCGAAUGGGGCUUUUGGACAAGACCUCAAUUAAAAUUGACGGUGUGAUGGAAUUUGACUGGGCUCCGGCUACACCACAUAGAGAGGGUGUCAAGACGUACGAACAACUCUUCUGCUUCUGGACCCCUGAGAUCGGUAGCAACCCCGCAAAAGUCGGUCUCAUGAGCAUCCCGUCCAAGGAAAUCGUCAGAACUCUCAACCUCUUCAGUGUCACUGAUGCAAAGCUCCACUGGCAAUCAAAUGCAGACUAUCUCUGCGUUAAGGUCGACAGACACUCCAAAUCCAAGAAGUCCUUGGCCACCAGUCUGGAAAUCUUCCGUGUCCGCGAAAAGGGAGUACCCGUUGAGGUUGUCGACUCGAUCAAGGACACCGUCAUCAAUUUUGCCUGGGAGCCCAAGGGAGACCGUUUUGUCAUCAUCACCACUGCUGAAGUUGUUGCCCCAUCAGCUGUCCCCCCGAAGACCUCGGUUGCAUUCUACUGCCCUGAGAAGGUCAAGGGUGCUGGUGUUGGUAACUUCAAGCACAUCCGAACAUACGACAAGAAGAAUAGCAAUGCCAUCUACUGGUCACCCAAAGGACGAUUCGUCAUCGUUGCUACCGUUCACUCGCAGCAAAGUUUCGAGAUGGAGUUUUACGACAUGGACUUCGAGGGCGAGAGGCCAGAGAGCGAUAAGGACUUGACCGCCAACCUUCAACUCAUGAACACUGCUGAUCAUUAUGGUGUCACUGACAUUGACUGGGACCCAACGGGUCGCUUCGUCGCUACCAGUGCCUCGGUCUGGAAGCACGCUAUGGAGAACGGCUACCACCUGUACGACUUCAAGGGCGAGCAACUCCGCGAAGAGCCAGUCGAGAAGUUCAAGCAAUGGCUCUGGCGCCCCCGCCCCCCGUCCCUCCUCACGAAGGAAGAGCAGAAGCAGAUCCGCAAGAACCUCCGCGAGUACAGCAAAAUCUUCGACCAAGAGGAUCUCGACCGCUUCGCAUCCGCCGAUCUUGCCGUCGUGGAGCACAGACGCCGUCUGCUUAACGAGUGGCUGGCAUGGAGACAGGAGACCAUUCAAGAUGUCGCUGAGGAGCGUGAGGCUCGUGGCUUACCAGCUGACCCUGUGGCGGACCUGCUUCCUAAGACGGAUGAGAGUGAAGACAAGAUUAUCGAGGAGAUUGUCGAGGAGAUUGUCGAGGAGACUGAGGAGAUUAUGCCAUAA